AUGUCGCAUCCCAGAAUAGAAGAGGUCUCCGACAGCGACCUAGAGAUGGUCUCGGAUCCCGAAGAGAUUGACAUUGACGACUUUGACGACACCGACAUUAUGCGACGAGUCGAGCCCAAACCCGCCGCAGCAUCCUCCUCCUCAGCCGCCGCUGCAGGGCCCUCCGCCGCCGACCAGCAGGCCCUGCAGCAGAUGAUGAUGAAUCCAAACAGCACGCGCUCCGUCACGGCCGACGAGCGCGCCUCCUACGCCGGCUAUCAGAGCCUGUACCCCAUCUACUUUGACGCCUCGCGGACCCGCGCCCAGGGCCGCCGCGUGAGCGCCGCCCUCGCCGUCCCGAACCCGCUCGCGCGCGAAAUCGCCAACGCCUGCUCGCGGCUGCGCCUGCAGACUGUCCUCGAGCCCGAGAAGACGCACCCCAAGGACUGGGCCAACCCGGGCCGCGUCAAGGUCGCCCUCAAGCCCACCGGCAAGGGCGCCGCCCCGACGCACAAGAUUGCCAACAAGCACCACCUCUACAUGCUCGUCGCGCAGCACCUCAAGGAGAACCCGACGACGGAGCGCUCGCCCGGCCUGCGCGUCCGCAUGGGCGGCCAGAUCCACCCGCCCGAGGACAAGCCCUACCCCAAGCCCGCCGCGCCCCGCGGCUGGAAGAUCAACGAGUACGUGCCGUACAUGAGCGCCGCCAUGACGGGCGGCGGCGUCUCGGAGAACCUCUUCAAGGACAUCAUGAAGGAGAUGCAGGGCGGCGGGGACCCCAUGUCGGCGCUCAUGGCGAGCCAGGCGGGCGGCGCUGCGGGCGGCAGCGGCUCAGACGACGGUGCAAAGAAGAAAAAAGACAAGAAGAAGGGAAAGGCGUAG